AUGCCACCUGGCGAGCCGUUAGGCUCGAUAUCAGAUCCAGAAGAUUAUGAUGGGGCUGCUAAAAAAUCAACCAAUGGUCCGAAUUUCAAAAAAGACGAUUGGCACAUCGCACCGCUUCUGAAUUUCGAUGCCGAUUUGGCUAUCAUGGAAAUGGUUUAUCCGGCUGUCGCCCAUUGGACACAAAUCGCAAAAGAGCUGAAAUCCGUCGGAUAUCCGAUUGCGGAAGGAAUUGAUAAUUGGAGAAAAUUUGACAAAAAAACGAGAAUCAAAGCACAAAUGUUGGAUGAUUUUCUGGAUUUAUUCAUCUCGAAACGGCUGUAUACUGAGGAGAAGGACUUUGAAGUGCUCCGAGUGCUCAUUGCUCAGGGAAAACCGUAUUUGGAGUUUAAGGAGAAAAUGUCAAAAGUGAAUUUCUCGCUAAAAUGCAACAAUAUUUGGGAGAAUGAAGCGGUGGCAUAUCGAUGUAAUACAUGUGCUUUCACACCUUGUAUGUCCCUCUGUGAGGUGUGUUUCGAAGCGAAUGGGCAUCAUGGACACGACUACGUUCGUUUCUUCUCUCGAGAAGGUGGUGCAUGUGAUUGUGGAAAUCAGGAUGUAAUCAGAGAAAGUGGAAAUUGUCCAGAUCAUGGAGACGAGUCAAAAAGACCCUCUUAUGAUAUGUCAGAUGUUGUUUUGGCUGAAUAUAUUGUCACAAAACUUCUUGUUCGAAUGUUUUUGGAUUUUCGGGGAUGGACACGUCGCUACCAAGAAGCCGAAGAACGAUUUCAUCAUGAGACGGCCGAUGAGCCGGUCACCCGUCGACCACAAUUCGAUAUUGGAGCAUUCGCGGCCGCGGACGCUGCACAUGCCAAUAAGAUUAUCGAGUUUUUGCAGCGUUUCGAAUUUGGAAACUUCCGUGGCCGAACUUUUUCAAUUUCUAGGCCAUCAAUCAUUUUUCAGGAAUGCUCAAACUACGGUGGUCCAAUGCGUCUGAUUGUCUCCGAGGUGCUUCAAAACAAGGCGCUCUACAAAGCGCUGACCGAGAAGACAGGAGACCACUUCGAUGGAACCGUCGGUCGAAUAGACAUCUCGCUGGACUGGCGCACUUACCAUUCGUUCAAAAACGACCGAGAAUCGGUGCUUCCGACGAAAACUCAAACUUUUUCGUUGGUUCAAACUCUUGCGGACACUGAAUGCUUUUCGCUGCUCGACGAGCUCAUUUUCUGGAUCAAUCGACAACUUUUCCCACAGAAUUUGGUCAAUUUUGGGCUGAGCUUGCUCUCGGAGCCCGGAUAUCGGGACGCUUUCGCGUAUCGAUUCUUCCGAUGGUAUCCGAUUUGUGGAAAAGUGAUUUUCGAGUUGUGCAUCAGUCAAAAUGGCAUCCAUCGAAAUGAGGAUCGUGUCUCGCCGACGUGUAGUCGUGCAGUUCAUGUUACUGUACAGAUGCUCUCAUCUGCUCAACUUUGUAAAGAAUUGAACGAAAGUGUACAUUUGGUCCGAACGAUAUUCGAGGUGACACGAUUCAUGAUUUGCGAGCGAUUAGUGAAUUCAGAAGUCUCCCUAAAAGCCCAAAACAUUUUCAAAGAGAAAGCGAGAUUCUUGAAUAUGACUGUUCAACCGCCACGACAACCGUGGACAGUGAUGACGAUGGCCAAAAAUGCGGUAAUUAACGCAAUCAGUCAACAUGGUUAUUGGUUCGUGAUGGGAGACAUUCAGAAUGUGCUCACGCAUACCAACCUAGCAGUCGAUUCGAUUUCCGAUGAGGAAUGUUUCGGUGGUGCCUAUAUGAGAAUGAUGUGUGAAAUGCAGGGAAUGAAUCCGCAGUGGAGAAUUAUUUCCGGAAAUGCACAGGAGAGAGAUGGAGAGGAAGAGGUGCAGAGAGCGUACACUCUGGAAUUCGAGACACUCGCAGUCACACUUUUCAACAUUGUGGCGGCAAUUCAAACGGAGAAAAAUCUGGAAGCAGCGAAGAAAUUCUUCGAUCAUGUCAUUCAAAAUUUGGAAAACUGGUUUCAUGUACUUUGGCCAAUUUCGGACGGGGAAGAGCAACGAGUAGCGGAAUGGAGUCAACUGUUGAGAGCACAAGCCUAUACGGUGUCAUUUCAUAUUCCAUUGCACAGACACAUCUCUACGGCGCUAACCCACUUCACUGAACUCGAUGGAUUCAGCGAAUACAUCGAAUCGACACUCUUAAAAGAUGAAACAAUGAUGCGAAUGCUGAUUUUACAUCCAAUCAGAAUCCAGGUGGCACGAUCGGAAAUCAAUUGUAAUAUGUGGGUUCGGAAUGGAGCACAAGCAAGAAUGUCGGCUCUGAUUUAUUCGCAAUGGAAUGUUAGCAGUGCUUUUCAGACUCCUGACGUGGAUUUGAUUCGUUGGUGUGCCGCCCAUAUCGAUAAGGAACACUUUGCCAAAGCCCUAACGACAAGCUUCAAUCUCACAGAAUCUAUUGAGAUUCGUCGUGGAAACUAUGUGGAAUCAUCUGAAGAAUCGCGAAAAAUUCUCGAAGGAGUUGGCAAACUACAAAGGGAUACUGUACCCGAGGAGAAGAAUUUCGCAUUGGAAGAGUAUCGACGGCUGAUAAGAGAUAAUGCGAUACUGAUUGAGAGAAGUAUUUUGGGAUAUACGGAUGGAAUGAAUCCAGAUGAUGUGAGAAUGCAUCAGGAGGUUAUGGACAUAAUGAUCGCCGAAUCGUUUGCAACAGAGCUGUCAAUCGACUACCGUAUCGCGAGUCCAUUCCAGCAGAAUCGUGAUCCUCGAAUGCCAAUUGUUGGCGAAUUCAUUCGACGUCAUCUGGCUGCGGCCGGCGUGGCACCAGAUGGAGAAAUAGAAGAGGAUCGAGAAUUCGAUCCGACGAUUUUUGACGAUGAGGAUGUUGAGAGGAGGGUUGUGAUAAGAGAACACGCGUGGAUUGAUCCAAUGUUCUGGGGAAUGUUUAAGCUCGUCGCCGAACUCAUCGUGGUCCGUGUGAAUUCUGGAGCAUCUUCUGAAGAUCACUAUCGUUCCGAGAUGGUGAAUUGUAUGGCGAUGGGAAAUGUACCGUAUUCCCGACUGCGGGCGUCGAUUUCUGAGAAAGGAUCAAGAGGAAGCGAGAAUAUCGAUAAGCAUUUUGAGAGGAUUCUGAUGGAGAUCGGUGACUUUGUUGAGCCAAUGGAAUGCGCGAAUCACCUCCAACAAGGAUCCUACCAACUGAAGACGUCAAUAUGGGAUUCAGAAGUGUGUCCAGUGUUCUUCAUGAUGCGUUCCACGUCUAUUAAACAGGCACGAGAGGUCUUCUCAAAAAUGCAAGCGAGAGAAAAGAAGAAUUCCGUCGACAGUGGCGUUCAAAUGCAUCCAGAUGAACGAUUCUGGGUACCAUUUCGGCUGAUUGAUUUUGAUGAAAAAAAGAGGAAUCCGGGAAUUUCGAAAAUCUAUAAUUUCCUCCUUUCCGAGAGAUUCUUGUUGCACUGUGUGGCGGUUUUGGCGUCGGAACAUGAUCAGGAAGUUAAAUUACAUGAUUGUACGAUUCAAUUGGCGGUCUUUUUGAUGACAUUGGCUGUGAAAUAUGUACAAGGAUUUAAGGGAGAGAACGAGACUCGCGACCAAAUGAUUGAUAUCUUCCAUACUCCAUUCAAGCUGCUCAAAAAAGAUGAAUUGGAUUUCUUGGCCACAAUUUCCACUUUUAUGCUUAGAAUUCUAACAAUGGAGGCCAAAAAGUCGGAUCAACUAAUUCCAAUAUUCCGAAAAAUUCUCUCUGGAGACUAUGAUCGUGAAAAAGUGACCGGUGGAAAGUUGGUUUAUCUGGCAAGAUUUAUGUCGAUUAUGGUUUCAAUAUCACCAACGACACGAGAACUAGUUCAGGAAAAACUGAUCAGAGAAGAGCACCGUCUUGACCUGCUCGCCGCUCGUGAAGAAUCUCAAUCGGCCAAUCGAAAAUCCCCACUCGAUCCAGGCAAAAAAGCGGCAAAGGAGGCUGCAAAACGACGGAUGGACGCAAUUAUGCUGAAAUCCGCCAAAAAAUCGGCGGCCACAAUGAAAAAGCUGAUGGCGACGGAGGGAAUGAGUGCUGAUGAAGUUAGUACAGAGGAUCCCAGUCAACAGAAUCGAAAAAUGUACGAAUGUCCGAUUUGUGGAGAGUUGGAGACACCGAAUACGGUAGAAAUGCCAUUUGGAAUGUUGGCUAAGCUCUCCACGAACUUCGUUUGUGAAGAACAAAUCGACGCCUCAUUUCCACCGAUCGCUGAACUUUUGGAUUACGAUUCUGUAGAAGAUGACGAAGAGAAUCUGCCUCAACGAGAGACACGUCGUCACUAUGCCGAUAAGAGAAAACUGAGUCAAACGAAUACGGAGCAACCGGAGAUUCUUCGAGUCAUUCCGCCGAUGGUUGGAAUGGAUUUGAAGACGUGCGGACACGUGGCACACAUUGAGUGCUUCAACGCCUAUCGAGCGUCGUUGCACGAAAUCCAAGCAAACACGGGACGCCGCGAAGCGGCAUGUCCACUGUGUCGUUAUCCGGCAAACGCCAUCAUCCCGGUCUCAUUGGACAAACCAUACGUACCCGUUCGAGUUCCACACAUGCCGAUCUCUGAUUCUGAUGUGUGGAAAAUCAUGGACGUGAUGUUGAAAAAGGCGAAAGGACCCGUUUAUCAGGAAGACGAGAAGAACGUAAAAUACGCGACAAACUACAGUACCCGCGAAGGUGGUGGUCUAUGCGAACUGUAUGAUGGUCGUCGAAAAAGUGCCGAUUGGACAGAAAGACAGCAGUCGAAUAUGGAAAAUUGUACGACGAGUACGAUGAUUGUGUCGGUGGCAGUGGCUAUCGUUGAGAGAUCAUCGCUGUUAAGGCGAAUGGGUGCACCGGAGAGACGGAAGAAUUCAAGGAGGAGCAUGACGGAUUUUAACAAUAACUACCGUAGCCCUUCCCUCAAAACUACAGUAACCCCAUCUCUUUCAGAACACAUCAUGACCGCAUCAGUAGCCACAUCCAAAGACGUUGACUUCGAAGUGACAAUGUCGACGAUGACUAAUCUGUUCGCAAAAGUCUCCGAAGCCACAUUCAAACCGUCGACGUCGUCUUCUGAAUCCUCUACGCCAUCUGAAAAAUCGAAAUCCGUAUCUCCAAAAUUGACAGCAAAGAAGCAUGAGGAAGUGAAGCCGGUGACUGGAUUGACUAGUGAUGAAAUGGCUGCAAUGAUAACGAAAUCGCCCCGAAAAACGUCUCCCGACCCAACGGCGAACCCAGAUUCUCGUCUAAAAGUGCCACUUUUCGUCCUGGAACCAAAAGCGACACUGGUUCGAAUGAUUGCCGUUCUAAUCGAUAAUCAAUCACUAUCGAAAACGAUUCAAUCGGAAAUUGCAAUGGAUAUCAUUCGAGCCGCUGUUGGAUGGGUCUCCUCUUACACCUUGCUAUGUUUGGUGCUGAGACUUGGCGACCAGAAAAUUCGAUUAUUGGCGAAGAGGGAAUUGGAGAUUGAUGGAUUGUCGAAGCAUUUACAGGAAGAAGCUGAAGCGAUUUGUCAAGCGUUGACAUAUAAUAUGGACCAUUUCGAGAAUUUGGUACAGAGAUUGGCAUCGCCAGAAGUUGAGCCAUCCGAUCUGCAAUUCUGUCAAACAGUGGAACGAUGUCUUUUGGAUUUUCUUCAAUUUUCAUCGGAACUUUUUUUCCAUUUGGAUUUGGGUUACGGUAUUGAAAUUGAACGGCUUCAUGCGGCAGAUGUUAAGAUUGGAGAUGCUUUUCGAAUUUUGAAGAUUGAGUAA